AUGCGCUUUGGCUAUGACGACGGUUUGUCCAUUGCUGCUUGGUUUGUGGCGCUUGGUUAUUCUAUUCUUCUCAUCGUUUGUUACCACAUGGGCCGCAAAAUCGGACACCUACCAGACCCCGAGAUCGAUCACAUCCUCGAAAAGUCGCACGAGAUCCUCUUCGUUAGCGAGAUACUCUAUUCGUGGUCCAUUUUUCUCAGCAAAGUCUCCGUACUCACCUUUUACCGGCGUAUCUUUCAGUUCUCCUCUAUACGCGUGCCAAUCAUCGUCCUCAUGGUCUGCAGUGGAAUUUGGAUCACCGUGAGAACAUUCAUGACCAUCUUUCACUGCAUGCCUGUUCAAGCCUACUGGGACAAGUCUAUCGAUGGAAAGUGUCUCAAUAAUAUUGGAAAGUACUACCUCGGUACCGACUUGACCCAUUGUCUUAUGGACUUUAUCAUUCUUGCGUUGCCGCUCUUCGAGGUCGCGAGGAUGAAAUUGAUUCUUGGACAAAAGAUUGCUGUUAUUGGUAUUUUCAGUCUAGGCUCCUUGGUUGGAGUCGCCUCGGUCUUUCAAAUCGCCGAAGCACAGAAAUACACUGCCGCCUCUCGUGAAUUCCCCUUUGAGUUUUCGCUUGCCAUGGUAUGGGCUAAUGUGGAAUGCCAUCUUGCCGUCUUUACCAGCUGUCUGGCCCUACUUCGUCCCAUUUUCCGCAAAUUUAUCCCCGGUCUUUCGUCAGGCAACACAACAUAUCCCACAAACGGCCUCAGCCACCCAAGCAACACAAACAACACGUACAGAAACAGCAUCGCCCUACGACAAUCCCGCAGCCCCAACGACAUGGACCACUAUGUCAUCGAGGGUCAACACGGUAAUUCCAUCUCCAGGCAGGGCUUCAUGAGGCAGCGUGAGGAGAGCAUGACUGAUACUGAUGUGUCGCCGGGAGUGUCACCGAGAAGAGGUUCUUUGUCUAGUGUGUGA